AUGAAGAUGAAGAUUGAGAUAGUCUCUAAAGAUUACUGCAAACCAUCAAUUCCAACCCCACACCACCUUAAGAGCUACAGACUCUCUCUGCUAGAUCAGAUAUCUCCUAUAUUUUAUGUGCCCGUCGUUCUUUUCUAUUCAGCUCCUGAAGACAUUGAUGAUGAUAUGACAAUUUUUCAUAAGCUGAAGAAAUCUUUAACAGAAACCCUGACCUGUUUCUACCCUUUGGCUGGAAGGAUUGAGGGCAAUACAUCCGUGGAUUGUGAAGAUGGGGAUGUUGUCUUCACAAGAGCUAGAGCUAACAUUCAGCUCUCUGAGAUACUAAAAAGUCCAGAUAUGAAUUUAGUGCAACAACUUCUUCCACUUGAUCCCUACAAUAUUAGAACAGACAAGGCGGUUGCAGCCAUGGCUGUCCAGUUAAAUUUCUUUGACUGUGGUGGUAUGGGUAUCGGAAUCUGCAUUUCACACAAGAUUGCAGACGGUGCAACACUGUCUUCUUUCCUCGUUGCAUGGGCUACAAGAUCACGUGGUGUUGUUGAAAACAUCACUCCCUCCCUAAAUUCAGCCACCAUCUUUCCACCUAGGGACAAGCAAAUUUUCAUGCCAUCCAAUUUGAUUAAGAGAGAAAAGAUUGUGACAAAGAGAUUUGUGUUUGAUGCUUCCAGUUUAGCCAGGAUGAAAGUCAAAGCAUCCAAGGGUUUGGGCAUGGACGACCAUGCUCCUACUCGUGUGGAAGCUGUGACAGCCCUCAUAUGUAAGUCUAGCAUGAAUACAAAAAAUGGUACAUCUGGUAAGGGUAGGCCAUCAAUGGCGAUAUCCCAUGUGGUGAAUUUAAGGGAAAGAAUGGCUCCACCUUUGCCAGAGCAUUCUUUUGGUAAUAUCUGGCGGUUUGCUCUUGCAUCCAUAAUGAAAGAUGAAAGAAAUAUAGAGCUGCAUGAUUUUGUGGUUCAAUUAAGAAAAGUAAUAAGGAAGAUCAAUGAUGAUUAUGUGAGGAAACUUCAAGGUGAGGAUGGGUUUUCACACGCUUGCGAGCCUCUAAAAGAAACAAGUGAGUUGGUCUCUCAAGGAGAAGUUGAGUUUUACAGGUUCAGCAGUUGGGUUAGGUUUCCAUUUUAUAACACUGAUUUUGGAUGGGGAAAACCCGUCUGGGCAUGCAUUAGCAGUGUGCCCAUUAAAAAUGUUGUCAUAUUGAUGAGUAGUAGCUCUAGCGACGGUAUAGAGGCAUGGGUGACCUUGGAAGAAGAAGAUAUGGCUAAAUUGGAAUGUGAUCAUGAGCUUCUGGAGUUUUGUCUCCUGGCAAAAGGCUAUUAG